GAAAGUUGAAACUUCAUUUUAAUUUUUUUUGUUCCCUGAAAAAAUUAUACUAGACAAGAAGGAAAAAAGAGAAAAGUUAGUGGAAGAAUAUUUUAAUUGCGGAAAAAAGUAUUUUUCAGUUUGAAAAGUCGCCAAAUUAAAGACAAAUAAGUGUAAUCUAUUUUUAGUGGUUUUAUCUGAGGUAUUUCACCCCUUACAAGAAAACAAAGCAAGACAAGAUGACGUGGGAACCGCAAGCCGAAGGUUUACAGCAAAUAAUUACAAUCCUUAAACAGUCUCAGUCUCCUGACACAGCCACUCAAAUGGCUGUUCAACUGAAACUGGAGGAAUUAAAUCAGUAUCCCGAUUUCAACAAUUAUCUUAUCUUUGUACUGACAAAACUUAAAACGGAAGAGGAGCCAACGCGCUCCCUCAGCGGUUUAAUAUUGAAAAAUAAUAUACGAAUGCAUGGAAAUAACUUGCAGCCAGAGAUUGUCGAAUAUAUUAAGCACGAAUGUUUACAAGCUAUUGGCGAUCCCUCACCGCUAAUUCGUGCUACUGUCGGUAUAUUAAUUACGACUAUCGCCAGUAAUGGCGGUCUGCAAAAUUGGCCUCAAUUACUACCCUCCCUAUGCGAUAUGCUAGAUUCACAAGAUUACAAUGUAUGUGAAGGUGCUUUCAGUGCGUUACAGAAAAUAUGCGAAGACUCUGCUGAAAUACUUGAUUCGGCAGCACUCAAUCGGCCAUUAAACGUUAUGAUACCGAAAUUUCUGCAAUAUUUCAGCCACAAUAGCCCAAAGAUUCGCUCACAUGCCAUAGCUUGUAUAAAUCAGUUUAUUGUAAAUCGAUCACAAGCUUUGAUGCUCCAUAUAGACACAUUCAUUGAAAGUUUGUUUAACCUAUCUUCUGAUGAGGAUCACGAGGUAAGAAAGAAUGUAUGUCACGGAUUGGUUAUGUUGUUGGAAGUGCGUAUGGAUCGUUUGUUGCCGCAUAUGCCACAAAUUAUAGAGUAUAUGUUAAUGCGUACUCAAGACUCAGAUGAAGGUGUAGCCUUAGAAGCCUCGGAAUUCUGGUUAUCUCUUGCUGAGCAGAAUAUUUGCAAAGAAGUCUUGGCGCCGUAUUUGGGACAACUAGCACCUGUGUUGGUACAUGGAAUGCGUUAUUCUGAAAUUGAUAUCAUCCUAUUAAAAGGAAAUGUUGAAGAGGAUGAUAUGGUGCCCGAUCGAGAGGAGGACAUACGUCCCAGAUUCCAUAAAUCUCGUACGCAUACAAUCAAAUCCGGCGAAACAGGUGUAGAUGAAGAUGAUGAAGACGACGUGCUAGAUGACGAUAGUUCCCUGUCUGAAUGGAAUUUACGAAAAUGUAGUGCAGCUGCAUUGGACGUUCUAGCAAAUGUCUUCCGCGAAGAAUGUUUACCCAUUGUUUUACCUAUUCUCAAGGAUACUCUGUUUCAUCAGGAAUGGGUAAUCAAGGAGAGCGGUGUAUUGGCAUUAGGCGCAAUUGCCGAAGGCUGCAUGCAAGGAAUGAUACAGCAUUUGCCCGAACUGAUACCCUAUUUGAUUAGUUGUUUAUCAGAUAAAAAAGCGCUAGUUCGAUCCAUCACUUGUUGGACACUAUCACGUUAUGCUAAUUGGGUUGUAAAUCAGCCUCAUGAUCAAUAUUUGAAACCAUUAAUGGAAGAAUUGCUUAAGCGUAUAUUAGAUUCCAAUAAGCGCGUACAAGAGGCAGCCUGCUCUGCAUUCGCCACACUUGAAGAAGAGGCUUGUACUGAACUGGUGCCAUAUUUAGAAUAUAUAUUGAAAACGCUAGUGUUCGCUUUUUCGAAAUAUCAGCAUAAAAACUUGCUUAUUCUAUAUGAUGCAGUUGGCACGUUAGCCGAUUCGGUGGGCCACCAUCUGAAUAAACCACAAUAUAUUGACAUUUUGAUGCCACCAUUAAUUGAAAAGUGGAACUUACUCAAGGAUGAUGAUAAAGAUCUGUUUCCUCUAUUGGAGUGUUUGUCAAGUAUCGCUACCGCAUUGCAGUCUGGAUUCUUACCUUAUUGCGAUCCAGUUUACCAACGUUGCAUAUCGCUGAUAGAACAAACACUGAAUCAGGAUAUGGCUUGUAAAACAAAUCCUGGUUUCGAGCAUCCAGAUAAGGAGCGCAUGAUUGUUGCAUUAGAUUUGCUGUCAGGUUUGGCUGAGGGUUUAGAUGGACAUAUUGAAUCUUUAGUCGUCAAAAGCAAUAUAAUGCAAUUGCUCUAUCAAUGUAUGCAAGAUGUGUUGCCAGAAGUGCGACAAUCAUCGUUUGCAUUAUUGGGCGACUUGACUAAAGCCUGUUUUCAGCAUGUACAUCCAUUCAUGUCGGAAUUCUUUCCGAUUUUGGGUCAAAAUCUAAAUCCUGAUUACAUUUCCGUAUGUAAUAAUGCCACCUGGGCAAUUGGUGAAAUAUGCAUGAAACUAGGCGAGGAAACGCGACAGUACAUACACCUCGUACUCAACGAACUGUUCGUGAUUAUAAAUAGACCAAAUACACCAAAAACGCUGCUCGAAAAUACAGCAAUAACAAUCGGUCGUCUAGGUUAUGUGUGCCCAGUUGAAGUGGCUCCUUAUUUGCCAGAAUUUGUACGACAGUGGUGUACAUCUCUGCGUCAUAUAAGAGAUAAUGAUGAGAAGGAUUCAGCAUUUCGUGGAAUGUGUCACAUGAUUACCGUAAAUCCUGGUGGCGUAGUGCCAGAUUUUAUAUUCUUCUGUGAUGCAGUGGCUUCAUGGGUGAAUCCGCCACAAGACUUGCAUCAAAUGAUACAAAAGAUAUUACAUGGCUUCAAAACCCAGGUGGGUGAAGAAAAUUGGCGUCGUUUCGUCGAUCAAUUCCCGCCUAAUCUUUCCGAGCGUCUAGGCGCUAUGUACAACAUUUAAAGAGCAAAUAUGUACUAGGCAUUGGGGGAAUUGCUUGAAACGGAAGCAGGGGUAAAGAAAACACAUAAAAGCUACCAAAUGGUACAAGACACAAGGGUAGCCAAACAAACAGUUACUGGGGACAAAGUCAGCAAAUGAAAUGGAGUUGGGGAGAAAAACUACAAAAGAAACGGUAUCGGCUUAUUGGUUAGAACAACAUUGCCUACAGUCUCGCACCAGGCAAUGUCGAAAGAGAAGAAUUUACGAAAGCGUUUGCUUGUUAUGCAGCAACAAUAGAUGGUUUAAAAUUUUUGUCAGUCGUAAGUCCUCUUUCUCUUAUACAUAUACAUAUAUAUGUACAUAUAUGUGAAAGUUGCGAUAUUGUGGUACUAUUUUAACAGUACACAAACCUUUUAUUAAAAAUUAUAUAAUGCUAACAACUAUUACGCAAAAAAAAAAAACAAAAAAAUAUUUCAAUAAUAAAUACGUUUGAGAUCGUAAAUUGAAAUUGAGCAGCAAAUGUAAAAGGUUUAAACUUGAAGAAAAGUAAAAAGAAAACAAAAACACAUUAGAAGGCAAACAUUUUUCAAUCAAAACUUUUCCUCAACUUUAACACAAAUCCUACACAAUCGUACUAAUCACAACUAAUAAAAAAUCAGACAGUUUUUAUUGGAGAACAAAAUAUGUAUUUGUGAGCAUAAUUAACUACGUAUGAAAACUAACAUUUAUUAACAUAAGCAUAGAAUAUAUCUAUUAUACAAACAUACUUACAUAAUAUUAAAUGAGAAACAAAAUUUUAAGUACCGACCUUACUAAAAAACAUUUAGAUCCAACGAAACAUUGAAUCGUAAAAUUAUAUUACUACAGGAAAGAAAAUAGAAUUCAAUGUUAAGAGUUGUGUGGAAAUUUUAAUUUAGUUAUUAACGUAUGUACUUGAUUCUGCUUUGAACAACCUUAUAAAUAGGCACAAACCAUUUAGUAAUACACGCUAAAACAUAUGCUAUUUAUAAUAUUAUUUUGUAUAUUUUUUUAUUCACAACACUACUAAUUUCACAUUGCGUAGGGUUUUCGUAGCAAAAAAUCUUUGAAAAUUGUAGGGAAAAUAAAUUAUUUAUUAAUAUUUCGGUCAAUUUUUUGAUCGACUUGAAAAUACGUACAUAAUAAUAAAAAAGCAAACAUCCGUUCGUUUGUUCGGGUCAUCGUGUCGUCGCGUCGCGUAUACAAAACACUGUCGUGAUAUACUUAAUUAUUAUAUAAUUACUAAAUAAAGUACUGAAUGAAAGGGUAAAGUCAUUUGUGAAAAAUUGCAUGCGAAAUAUACAUACGUGUGUUUAAAUAGCUUAUUGCUCUUUUUUAUUUGUUUUUAAAUUUUUUUAUUUUAUUUUAUUUAUAUUUUUUUUAAUUACAAUUAUUAUUUUUUUUUUUUUAUUUUUUUAUUUAUUUUUUUUUUUUUUUUUUUUUUUUUUUUUUCUUUUUUUUUUUAUUAUUUAUUUUUUUUUUUUAUUAUUCAUUUUUUUUUAUUUUUUACUGAAUUUAUUACGUUAUUUUUAUCGUUUUUCUACUAAUUAUCGACCAGAAGACUGAAAUUAAUUAUAUAUUCUCACAUUAAAGACACAUUUUUAAUGCAUUUAUGUUUUGUUUCUAGUAAUUUUCGUUUUUAAACUCUAAAACUUAUCAACAUACGAAGUAUUUGUUUCAUUAUGUAGGUGUGUGUUGCACCGGUUUCGAGUUUCGCCAUGCGUGCACCCAGAAUGAGCGUUAAAGGGCACUAUUUUCUUCAAUAACUUGAAUCAAAAACGUUAGGCGGUAUUUCGAAGCAUUUUUUAAUAAUUUUGGGUGCGUUGUCCUGCAUACUCGUUAAUAUUUCUUAUGUUUUUAAGUUUUUUUAUAUAUAUAAUUGCAAUUAUUGCAUACUAAAUUAAUUAUUAUUUUUUUUUAAUUUUUUUGGAUAUCAAUUUUUUUUUUCAAAGCAAUGUUGAGCGUUUGAGUUUUGGAUUAAAAAAAACAUUAUCCAAAAUGUUUAAUUUCUUUCAUUCAAUCACUUUAUGUACGCAUACUGUCAUUUUUCACACAUGCCUUUCAAACCCUUUCAUUCGUAUUAGAACAUUAGUCGCGCGCGUUUCGGGUUUUAUCGGUUUCGCGUUUCGCGUUUUAAUCGUCGUUCGUUCGUUAUAUAGUUCGCUCGGUUAUUAACUCUUCGUCCAUGGGGUAUGUACGUGCAUACACCCAACUCGUCGUUGAUUCGGUCGUAUAUCGGUUUUAGCGGUCAAUCGGUUCUAUAAGACUUAACUAACGGUGCGCAUUCAAAUAAAAUGUAUGUAAACAAUAGAAUUGUAUAACUUAAAAAAAAACUUAAUUUUAUAAUGGCAAUAGUAUUAUUAUAAAAAUAUUUUAGUUUAUUUAGUGAAUUUAUUAAUACUGAAAUAUGCAACUGAAGCCAGUAAUACAAUUUUUUAUUUAUUAUUCAUUCGUUUAUUAUACAUAAGUAAUAAAGGUUUAACGGCAAAUUACAGCUAAUUUCUAUGAAAGAAUUGUGUUCUUAUACGCAAAAUUUUGAUUUUCUACUUUUUCUUUUCAUUUUUUAUAAUAUUUAUUUUUUUUUAUUUUAAAUUUUGUUAACUUUCUAAUUUGUUUUUUUUUUUAUCAAAAGUAAGUAAUUCUAAAAUUUUAACAAAUCUAGCCUACCUAAAAAAAUUGUAAUGAAUACUUUGAAGACUUUUAGUAAUUAGAAUUUUGUGAGAAUAUUAAAUGAAAACUUAAAAAUGCAUAUGAAAAACUGCAAACAAACUUAAAAAUAUACAUAUAUAUAUUUAUUUUUUUAUGAGUACAAUAAACUUAAUUGUAAAAAAGUGUUGAAAAACAGAACAAAUAACAUUCAACUGAAUAUGUGGUAAUAUAAUAACUAAUAAAUAGUAACGUUGAAUGGGGGAAUAUAGAAAUAGGUAUAAUCAAAUAAGUCGCGUAAUAAUAAAAAUACUCGUUUGUCGUGCGGUAAAAAACAAUCGGUCGGUAUAAAAUGUCGUUCGUCGUCGCGUUAAAAACUGCUAAACUGAUAUUUAAAGAUCUCCGCCCCCGGAUCUCAAUAUAAGUAAAUUACUACUAAAAAUAAUAUAAAAAUACUAAUAUUUCAGAAAUGAAGACAAAAAUUAAGUCGUGCUUUGUGAGAGGAGGAAUUUUGUGUUUAAUUGUUGAUUUCUUCAACUGUAAUAAGUACUUUAAAAGUUAAAAGCAUUAUAAAUGAGCUAUUUUUGUAGUGGUGUAACAUGUCACAAAUUGAAUUGUAUGAGUGCCAAAUUUGCUUUUAGUAUAGGUAUGUUUGUAAAGCUUAGUUUUGAACUGAAGCCAAGCUUACAUUUAUGACUGUUGUCUACAACGUGACUACUAGUUUGUAUUAUGUUUUAUGCCUGCUCACUUUGCCUAAUGUUAAAGACAAAUUACAAAUCUCUCUCUCUCUCUCUUAGACUCCUUAUGCUCGCUUAAAAUAUUCAUUAAUUUUAAAAUAUACAUUAAAUUUAAAAUAUACUUAAAUUCAACUGUUACUUACCGCCUUUGACAGAGCACGCACUUUACAAGACAAAACGAAAUUUUUGGGCAUUUAAUUUUAAUGACAAUAGAAUGUGCAUAAUAUGCACCACAAUACCAAAAACAACUAUAAUUUCGAAUUUUACAAUAAGAAAACAAAACAACAACAAAGUCUGGCAUAAACCUGAACAUAAUCACACUGCUAAACAGGGUUGUCUCAAACGUAAUAGCGCUAAUGAUGCUAAUGAUGCUGAUGGGAAAACAUCCACAAAAAGUAUUAAAAAUUAAAUGUACCAAAAAUAUUAACAAAAGCAAACAAAUCAACAACAACCAACAACUACUAAUACAUAACUUAAAUGGAAAUUAAUAUAAUAUAAAAUAAAAUAAAACGCAAAUAAUCGUGAUUUCGUAUGUACCUAAGCCAAAUUCAUCGCGGAAUUUGGUCGCGUUCGCGUAUAUAUCUCGGGUGAUUUUAACUUAACGGAUAAGUAAAAUAAAAAACAAAUUAAUUAUAACUCAAAUGAUAGGAUUAUUUGAAAACAAAUCAUAAAAAAUUUAUGAAUUAUAAGUGAAAAAUGCAAGCAAAGUGAAACAAAACCUUAAACAAAAAUUCAAGCGUAUAGGGAAAUUUCCAAUUUUAAGUACAUACUCUUAUAUUAAAGGUAUUUAUUUCAUGUAUUAUUACGAAUGCAUAAAAACUGAAUGAAAAUCUUAGUGUAUAUGAAAAAUGUAUGUUUGUAGCCACUCAUUAGACAAGUAACAAAUAAGUUUUUUAUUUAGUUUCUUCUAUGUUGUAUACAAUUUAUAAUAUCAAUAUACUAGAAAAACAAAAGCAAAAACACACAACAAGGCUGAGUACGCAACGCAGCCUAUAAAUAUGUACAUAACUACAUAUUAGUAACAAAACACUGAUUUGAAAAUAUUGAAACAAAACAAACAAAAAUAUAAAAAAAAAUUGAACAAUCAAUAAAUAUUCAUAUUUAAUAUGUAUAUUUAAAUAUAAUUACAAUUGGAAAAUCGUAAAUGAAACACUAAUUACAUACACACAUACAUAUGUCUAUGCAGCAACCGUAAAAGUAUGAACUUUUUGGAACAUUUACUUGCAAAUUAAGCGACUAAGAUAAUAGAAAUAUUUUCACGUCCUGUCAUAAAUAUGAUUGUAAUUGUUCCUAAUUGUUUACUUUUGUAUACAUGCAAUACUACAUACACGUACAUAAUCUACUUAAAUACAUAUACUAUAUACUAUCCGAAUUUAAAGUAAAAAAAAACAUUAGACAUUUGCUAAAGCAUACAUACAUAUUUGAAA